AUGUUCACAGUGCUUCGGCGAUUUUCAAUUCUGAUGACGAUGGUUCUAGAGUACUAUAUAUUAGGUGUGAAAGCAUCACGGGCUGUUCGCGUUUCGGUUUGCAUGAUGAUCGCCGGAUCUAUCAUUGCAGCACUCUUCGAUCUUACCUUUGACCUCUGGGGAUAUACUCUCAUAGGUCUGAAUGAUAUCUGUACUGCUGCUCUUGGUGUAUACACUAAACAGAAACUCGAAGCCAAAGAGCUCGGAAAGUACGGCCUGAUGUUCUACAAUUCACUGUUCAUGUUGAUUCCUACGUUUAUAUUGAUCUGCUUCACUGGUGAUACAGAUCGGGCCACGAGAUUUAUGAUAUCUGAUGAAAUGACUACGUCAGCAUGGACAUGUUUCAUUGUUUCAUGUUUCUGUGGAUUCGUUCUCAAUUAUUCAUUAGUUUUAUGUACGCAUUUCAACUCAGCACUCACUACCACUUGCGUUGGACCAAUCAAGAAUUUGUUUGUCACAUACGUGGGAAUGUUUUCCAGUGGUGAUUAUGUGUUCCAGUGGACCAACUUCAUUGGGAUUAAUGUCAGUGUCAUGGGUAGUAUACUCUACACGUAUGUGACGUUUCGUACGAAGGCUGUCACUCAGCGACAUAUUGUUGUGACUGCAGCAAGUAAAGUGGAAAAACAGCCAUUAAUUUGA